AUGCUUUGCUAUAUUAUUCUAGUAGGAUUAGAUUAAGUGCUCGGAUAAUAUUUAAAUACCCCCACAUUCUUCAAUUUCAACCAGCACAUUUCUACUUUUAUUACUUCAAAAAAUGAAUCAAAUUUAUCAAGUACUCAUAAUUGUUUGAUUGUUCCAUGUACUGUUGUUAACAAACAAUAAAAUUGUAUGGUGAUAACUAAACUCACUUAUGGAGGAGAUUGUUAUACAAAACCUAUCAAAUCUAAUCUAAACUUCACUACAGAAGAAGAUGUAGUUACUUUGGAAUUUGCUUAUCUAGCUGUUCAUCAUCCCUAAUCUUAAAAACCUUAUACUGGUAUCGUAGUAGGUUGGACAAAUGAUGAUGAUGAAUAUUAUUGGGUUGGAGCAGAAGACAUAACCUUAAUAACCUCAGGUGUAAAUUAAACAAACAAAUAUGCCUAAUUUGUUACUAUUAAUAGUCUAGCUGAGAACACUUGGACAAAAGUAUAUUAUAAAUAAAAAUAAUAUAGGUUAGGUUUCACAUAAGACCAAAUUCAAUAAAACCAUUCAGAAUAAUCUUUGAAGCCUAUUCUGAUGCUACUGAUUAUGCAGGUUAGUUUUUGAUUACUAAUAUUUCAAUAUUUGAUAGAGGAAUUUGCUCAGAAGGAUGCAGUAGUUGUUUAUCUUAUUCUGAAUGUACAUCAUGUGAAAAGGGAAGACUCUAUAGAGGUGCCUGCAUAUCUGAUUUCUGUUAUUUUGAUGCAGGCAGUAUAACAGCUAAUAAAAUCUCAGUAGGAUGGAUUUAAGAAUAAAAUGCUCUAUAUGGUAUAGUAUUAAAGAACAUUAAAAUUAAGGAAUGCCAUAUGGUUAAAUUCAUAAUGAACAAAGCCAAUAAUGUUUAUAUAGAUGGAUCAAAUCCAAAAAUAGCUCUUUAUUAAUAUGGAUUUAAAAUUGUAGAAAAUACUUUAACUGCUGCUGGUUGUUAAUAUUAAUUAAAAUUACCACUCUCUUAAUAAGCAGGAUAUUCAUGUCUAUUUGAAUUCUAUUUGUUCUUGAACAAUACAUCAGUUGAAUUAGUUAAUUUAACAUGGACUUAAGAAUUUUAUUAUCCAAAUGAUAGUUCUAUUUUAAUAGCAAAAGAUAUCUCUGGUGAUUAAAUUUAAUUUGGAGUAUUGUAAGAUUCAAUUGAUAUUGGUCAAGCCUCAACAAAAGUUGAAGGCAAGGUUCUAUUAUGUUAAAGUCGUGAUUGUAGGUCAUUUCAUUAUGAACCUUAAGUAUUGUAUUUAAAUGAUUUUUUUUAUAUUUUGGUGAUGCUUGAUAAUAAAUACAUGGAUUUUGGAGCAGAUUAUAAAUUUCAAUUAGUAAGUGCUGUGGCUCUUGGAAAUGGAACAAAUAUUAAUUUAAAAUCUUAAGGUGAAAGUGAAAAAAAUAUGAGUGCUACUAUUUAUAAAUUUAUUGUUCCAGUUGCAGUUUAAAAUUGUACAAUUUAAAUCACAGCUUAAUUGGUUGAAAGAGAUAUAGAUGACAACUAUCCAACAGAUACAAGAAGAAGAUUGUCUUUAAGAAGGCUUUUAUAAACUACUAAUGAAACUACUUCUAUUGCUAAUUCAGGAUAUUCAGUAUCAGGUAGUAUUAAAGUUGAAAGCAUUGAAAUAUUACCUUAUUGGAAGGUAUAUCCAAAGGAUGCUCCUUAUAUUAUCAUAGGAGUUUCUGCUGGUUUAGUUCUGAUGGCAAUAAUCUUAUAUUGUGCUUGUUUGUCUUUCAGUUAGAAGGUACCUGAUAAUCAGCCAAAUACAUUUAAAGUCAACAAUUUAAUUUUGAUUGAAGAUGAUAAAGAGAAAAAUAGGAUAAAAGAAAUAUUUUAGAGUAAUCCUUAGAAAAAUAAUUGA